AUGGCUCGUACGUCCAAUACCUUCAAGCAGUCCAACAAUUCAGGAGGUCGAAAUCAAUGGCGCGAGCGCCCGGUGUUGGAAGAUAUCCCUGACCUUCCACAGCGCCUCCAGGUCUAUAUCAACGAGGGUGUUCGGGUCAAAGAUAUUCCGCAAGAGAUUGAGAGCGACCUCGGGGCUAUCGUCAAACUACCAACCAUUAAGAAGAUUAUGCAGCGCUUCGAUAUCAAGACCUCGCGAAGGAGUGGUGUUUCAUACGUUGAGAAAGGUGCAGCUAUUCUCCAGACGAUGAAAGAAGACCCCCUGGGACGUGGGGUUUGCGAACCAGAUUUUAUCAUGCGCUUUCGAAGGGCCCAGGACGUAACUGCCACAGCUAACCGUCAUCCUCAAACUCGCAAGGCGCAUAGUCAUGGAUUGUAUUGCUCUGGUCCGAAUGAAGAAUGGGGCAUGGAUGGACAUGAGAAGAUCCUCCUUUCUAUGGGCAUCGGGGUCUAUGGAAUCAUCGACAAGUAUAGCCGCAUGGAGCUGAUACUUGUUGCUGUUCCUAAUGCUCGGGAUGACGAGCUGCCACUUGCUGUCUACCUCAGAACUGUCAAGAAAUACGGAGGAAUGCCGAUUACGUCUACAAGUGACAAAGGCACUGAACUGCGCAAGGUCAUCUCAGUGAUUGGGACCCUUCGCGCUACCUACCAGCCAUAUAUCCCGGAGAGCGUCGUGGCAUCGCACAACGCUCUGAAGUCUCCAGAUAACAUUACCCGAGAGCGUAACUGGCGACCUCUUUGGGAAAAGGACCUGGCCAACGUCCUUUACUUCUACAGAGCUGGCCAGGAAGCAGCUGGGUUUCAUCCGAAUAACGAUUUCCACGCCUCUCUUUCCCGCUGGCUUUGGGCGUGUAUUGUCCAGACCCUCCUCGACAAGGUUAUGAGCGAAAAUCAGAAGCAUCGGAUUCGCGGUCAGAAGAAAUCCUUGAUGCCAACCGAUGCUCGUCGUAUUGAUAUGUUCAAGCACCCUGAGCGCUUCGGUGGUAGAGACCAGCUUAUCCCCAUUCCCCAGCAGGAUAUUGACCGUCUUCUUGCCGAAUACGACCAGCCACAUCUAUUCAAGUUUGUCCCUGAUGAUUUAGAAAAUAUCUUUGGAGAUCUCUACCGCGCAAUCGGCAGUCCCUCUCUCGUGGCAUCCCAGGGUUGGGGUAUCUUCAGAGAUAUGGUUAAUACUCACCUUUCUCGCGCUUAA